AUGGUGGUAUUGAAAGGAGCAGUAAGUGGUGGCGGAUACAAUAUUGGUGGAGCGCAAAGUGGUGGAUAUGGUGGUGGAAGCGGCGACGGAGGUGGUGGUGGAGAUGGCUCAGCAUCAGGUGGAGCUGGAGGAGCAUCAGGUGGAGGAUACGGAGGCGGUGAAGGUGUUGGUGCAGGAGGAGCUCAUGGAGCAGGAGUAUAUGGUGGCGGAGGUGGAGGUGAAGCCGGUGGUGGAGAAGCCUCUAUCGAUGGUGGAUAUGCAUGUAUAUAUGGUGGUGGUGAAAGGGGUGAAUCCGGACAUGGUGGUGGCGGUUAUGCCCCUUGA